GUCCACGCGGUCGGGUCGCCGCUGCUGGAUGGGGUCGCUGGGGCAUUCUCUCGCCAGUGUACGUUGGGGAAGUGUAGGAGAAGGUUGUGUCGAAGCGUUCCUGCGGCGGACCCGACUCGGUCGCUCGCUCCUUCGCGUGCCUCUCUUCGCCAGUUGUGCGGAGACACUGUGUUCGUGAUUCGGGAAUUGUAUGAAUCUUUUUGAUGACUUUGACACGAAGUGCCUCGUGCCGUGGAAACUUCCGAUGCAAUUCGAAAUGGAUGACAGAUUAAUGAGAAAAUGAUGUGAUAGAAUUAGUGAAAAAAAAGUUAUUUGAAUAAAUAUAGUUCAACAAAUUUCACGAUAGAAAGAGAGAAGAUAAAUUAGAAGGACUUGCAUAACUUUUGACAUUCGAGGAUUACGAAACUUGCGGUAACACCUUUCGGAACUGCUCUCUUCGAAGCCACGCCAGAAAAAAAAAGAAAAAAAGAAAAGACGUGGAAGGGAGGGGGAGGAGGACGGACGAAUAAGCUCGCCCAUAAAACAGAUAUUCCUCCCUGACAACAGAAAAAACGGGGUAAAGAAAAGAAAACAUAAGAAAAGGCUCCGAUAAUUUUACGACAACCGGUGAUGGCUUUGUGCAGGACCCUCGUUUUGGCCGCUGUCACGGCUCUCUUGACAGGCCGGAGCACCCUGGCUGUCAACGACAACGAGCGCCUUCCCAACGGCCUUGAAGACAG